GCCUUGUACUCCGAACGAGCACUUCGUUUGUCCCGUCGACGCGGGUCGGGCACUCGCGCGCUGUAUUGCAGUGCACGCGGCCCUAGGUUCUUGUAUUUCCCGCUGAGCCUUUUCUGCAUCUUUACUUAUUCGUUGCUUGCGUUUAUGGUUUAACGCUGAACGUUGACUUGUCCUGAUCUUCCCAGGUUUUGGAUGUGGCCUUUCUUCUGUGAUUUGACAGGGGGCCCUUGUACUAUGCACAGCGCGUGGUGUGGCGGAGUGGGUGGUAGGGUGAUUUAAGAGUGGGGGUGGGAUGGGAAGGUGAAAGGGAGAUUACUAUCCAUCCCACUUGAGGCGGGCGCGUGUUUUCUGCACUUCAUCUCCCUCCCCAACCUCCAUCUCCUCCUCCGUCUCCUCCUCCGCCCCGUUCUGCUUAUCGCGCCUCGAGAAAGCUCUCUUCUAUCUCUAUUCAAAUCGUUCUUUUUUUCUGUCUGGGAAUAGCACGCUACAAUCGCCAACAGACUCUCAUCUCUAAUCUCGUGCAAGACACGCUCUGGUACAGCAUCGUCAACUCGCAGUUGCAUCUAACAGCAGUUACGACAAACAACAUCCCCACGAGACAUGCACGCUGAAAUUCCGGUAAUUUCGAUCCUCGCUGCGCUCUGCUGCCUCGCGCCGGCGUGGUGGUACGCACGGGGCGCCAACGGCGGGUGCGUCGCGCUGUGUGCGUGGCUUUUUGCGGGCAACGUCGUGUAUGCGGUGAAUGCAGUUGUGUGGGGUGGGGACGAUGGUGUGAGGGCGUCGGGGUGGUGUGAUCUCAGCACGUCGAUUAUGACGGGUUCGAGGAUCGCGAUUCCGGCUGCGUGUUUGGUGGUGGGCUCGCAUCUCCUGAAGCUGGCGUCUGCGCGCAAGGGCGCACAGCCCGAUUUGGGGAGGUUUAAGGUGUUCUUUGAGGUGGUGAUGUGUGUGGUUCUACCGGUGAUUUAUAUUGUCAUGCACCUCGCUGUGCAGCCUCUGCGCUUCGUUAUCUACGAGGGCUAUGGGUGCCGCCCGAUUACCUCUUCGUCUGUGCCGAGCAUCUUCCUUGCGUGGACGCCGGUUAUCAUCAUGUCUAUAACCGCUGUUGUGUAUGCAGUCCUUGCGGUCCGUAGGUUCUUCGACAACGCCCACCGCCUCUCGCCCGAGUUCUCUGCGGGCCCCCUCAUUCUUUCGCCCAUCGUCCGCCUCGCGGGCCUGUCCAUCGUUCUUGUUCUCUUCAGCUUCAUCCAACUCGCAGACGACAUGCGCCUCGCCGUCGCACCGGGGCUGGCCCCCGAGUUCGAAGGCUUAAAUGCGGUGUCUGGGCUCUCGGUUAUCGCACAGGUGUCCUCGAUCUCGAGCUCGCUCAACAGCGAUUUGCUCCUGAGCUGGGUCAUCACGCCGCUCCAGAGCUUUAUCGUUGCGGUGUUCUUCGUCCUGCAGUUCGACUUCAAGGAAGUAGGGAGGAAGGUGUGGGCCGGCGUCAAGUUCCCCGAGGUCCCCAUGAAGUUCAAGGGCGAUGAUCUGCGCCCAGACGCGAGACGUGCGUCGCUCCGGCCUCCCGCCGAGAUUGCCAUCUCCAUCUCCGACUUUUCGCACUUUGACGCAACAGCGACGAAGUCAUCCUCCGCGUCGACCGUCGUCGAUAUCGCGCCCCCCGCUUCUCCGCCGAAGCUCAAGCUCAAGACCGUGGAUUCGAACGAUUUUCCCCUACCGCCCGUGACGACACCGUACACGUACCCGCGCCCGCCCAACCCCACGACGUUCAUGCGCCCGCAACUCAAGGCGAAGCAGUACUCCCCCGGCUCGCCGCCCUAUCCGCGCUCGCCGCAGCUCACGAACCCGAAUGCGCUGAAGCCGAAGCAGCAGCAGCAGCAGCAGCCUCUCCCCAAUGGAACGCUCAAGCCCGGAUUCAGCUCGCGCACGCGGGGCGGCAGCCGUCCGCCGUCGCUUGAUCUGUCGCGCGGGGAGUCUGCGGUCGCGGCGCAGGGGCAGAACAGUUUUGUCUCAAUCUCGCCCUCGCCGUCGGUGGUGUCGGGGUACUCGAUGACUGUCGCGUCGUCGCACAACUCGCUUGAGGCGGACUUUGAUCCGAGGCGGAUCAUUGUGUCGCCUGGGUACGGUGGGCCCACGCCUACGACGGCGAGCGCGUCGGCGUCUGCUGCGCCGAGACGGGAUACGUUCGGGCGGAAUGGGCGUAAGAGUGGGUCUGAGCAUGGGCAUGAUAUGGUUUAGCGCUGCAAACAUUGGACAGUGUCUGCGGAGGAUGCUCAUCUAUAACGCCUACCUUCUCUCUUUCUGAUUUUACGUCGAUACCACCGUUUUCGUAGAUCCUCACUCAUCACGAUGCGUCUCUCUUUACCUAGUAUGUAGCUUAUUAAUCGUGUGUCUUGUAGCAUUAGAGUCUACGCUUUGUAGCAUAUAUCCACUUUCUGUCGUUCCUUUCUGUGUUUGGUCGCAAUAAAC